AUGGACCCCUACUCUGCCGAAGGCGAAUUGAUCAACAUUCACAACCACUUCCAUCAGGGUCAAUACCAAGAGGUCAUCGAUUACGACACCUCCGCCCUUUCUCCCGAGAAUGAGCUUCCUGCCCGAGUCCUAGUCCUCCGCGCCCGCGUUGCUCUGGGCCAAGCCGAAGAUGUCAUCGCCGACGUCCAGGGAGAGAAGGAGCCCGAGCUGGUUGCAAUUGGUGCUCUGGCCGAGAGUGCGUUGGGAAAGGCGGAGUCUGCAGUGAAGACGAUCGAGAAGCUCGCCGCGUCCGAGGGAGAGAAUGUCACAGUCCAGAUUGUUGGAGGUACCGUCUUGCAGGCGGCAGGAAAGUCAGAGGAGGCUCUUGCGCUGUUGUCGCAGCACCAGGGCAGCCUUGACGCCGUUGCUUUGAUUGUCCAGAUCCACCUCCAGCAGAACCGAAACGACCUCGCCCUGAAGGAGGUCACCGCCGCCAGGAGAUGGGCCCAGGAUAGCUUGCUGGUUAACCUGGCUGAGUCGUGGGUUGGUCUGCGACAGGGCGGAGACAAGUACCAACAGGCUUUCUACGUGUUCGAGGAGCUUGCGCAGGCGCCAGCAACAUCUUCGAUCGCGACGCUGGUGUCCCAGGCUGUUGCUGAGCUGCACCUCGGACGUGCAGAGGAGGCACAGUCUGCCCUGGACCAGGCUGUCUCGAAGAACCCCAACUACGCCGAGGCCAUUGCCAACCUGCUUGUGUUGACAGUGAUCUCUGGCAAAGAUCCCAAGGAGUUCACGGAGAAGCUCAAGGCAGCGGAUCCCCAGCACCAGUUCCUUGUGGAUUUGGAGGAAAAGAGCGCGUUGUUCGACAAGGCGGCAACCAAGUACAGCGCCAAGGUGUCAGCAUAG